CAAGAUGGCGGACGAAGAGGAGCUCUACCUUGCAAACCUUGAUGAAUUUGUAAACGAUGAGAAUAGAAUUGUAACUUACAAAUGGUUGAGUCGAACGUUGUCAGUAUCCGCAAACAGAGCGAAACAGAUGCUGUAUGCCUUUGUUCAGAAACAAAAGAGGUCUAAUUCUGGAUCUGAUAUUAAUGUAACUUACUUGAUUGGAGGAAGAUGUUCAGUGGAUGGAGAUAUGGUACAUAGAUUUGUUAUUACUCAGGAUGAAAAGCUAGAAGAAACUAAGAAGAACUUCUCAUUUGUGACUUCUUUACACAUCUACAGUGUACAGAAAUGUAAAUUAAAGGAUGCAAAUGCAUUAUACACUGUUGACUAUGAUGUACAGCAGCAGUAUGGCAGUGAAACUAAUAGGUGGAGCCAUAUCUACUGUUCAGCUGCAGUACCCCUAGCAGAUAAAGGUGUUAACAGGGGUACCCACCACGUGAAUGGGGCGACAGAUGGUCAUGGUACCAAAAUGACUAAUGGAACUGGUGAAGUACACUCAUCUUCAAGGGGAGCUUCUAAUUCAGCAUUUGACCAAAAAACUAAGACAGCAACUUCAAAGCCAAAGAAAGGACAGAUGCCAACCAUGGAGAUGUUCUCAGCAAAGUCUACCACUAAAAAUGACAAGCAUAUUGGUGAAAAUCCACCUGCUGAAAAAAAUGGAAGAGAUUAUCAGAAUGAUCAAACAAAGCCCAACAGUAGCAACAAAAGUGGUAGCAUGAUGUCAUUUUUUGGAAAAUCCAUAUCAGCAAAAAAAGUUUCAGAAAAGCCAAGCAGUACAGGAAAUGAGAAAGAAGUUAAUCGACACAAAGGCAAAAAGGCUUCAGACACUGCAGGAGAUGAGACAGAACUUAAACCAGCAAAAUCUCAAACAGCCCCAAAGAAACAAGAUCAAGCUGUGGAAAAUCAAAACUCAAAGGAAAGGGAAUUGUCCUCUGAGGAUGAGGAGGAACCUUUGCCUCCCAAAAUUUCCAAAGUUGUGAAUUCAAGUGCUGCAGGUAGCAAGGAUUCAAAGAAUGACAAGCAAAAGCAGAAAGAAGGAAAGCAGGUUGAUAUUUCCAAGAGCAAAGCGGGGAAAAAGAAAGCUGUGACAAAUGAAGAGUCAGACGAAGAACGAGAAGCUAAGCCAAAAAAACGACGAAAACGAACGAAAGAGCUUCCGAAAGAAGACAGCAGCGAUGAUGAGCAAGACAUGCCGAACAGGGACGUGAUCAAGAAGCUCCCCCCUGACCAGAGGUCUUCAGCCAGUGUCAGUCCUCCGCCACAACAGCUGCCUCAACAAACAGAGAGUGGAACAGCAAGGCGACGGAAGAGAACAAGGGCACUUAAAGAUAAAACAUACAUGAAUGAUGAAGGAUUUAUGGUUACCGAGAAAGUUUGGGAAACUGACUCAACCGAUGCAAGUGAUGGAGAACCUCAAAGAAUCAAUCCUACUGAGAAAGAGAAACAACCCUCCCCAGCAAAGAAAAUAAUCAAGAAGACCUGUGCAGAUGUUAAAAACAAAGCUGCUAGACAAUCGUCGCUGACAAGUUUCUUUAAGAAAUCGUGAAUAAAAACUUUCGGUACAUGUUUGGUUCCUGUAGAAUCAGUUAAAAGUACUCUAACAAAAUAACACUUAUCCAACACCUAAUCCUCUAUUUGUUUGGUUACCUGCUGCCACAAAUGGUAUUUAAGAACACGAAUUAUGUCAGUCUUUGUCAUGGAUGUCGUUGUGUUGUGUGACAUCAUCUCUGUUAACCAACAAGAAGUCAGGGAAAACGAAGUCUCCAGUAAAUGAGAACUCAUUCAUCUUGACCUCGCCUCUUUAUGAUGAAAGAUGCUAGCACAGCUUUCUGUGAUGUCGAGGUGCUAGUUGUAUGUAAGAGUUGUAAUAAACUUCCGUUUUUUGUCGAAA